AUGUCCGCCGUGGUUACCCGCAAGCGCAGCCGCUCUCAGUCUGCGGAGAAGACGCUGGAGCGGCGGGAGGCGGCCCCGGUUCCGCGGCUUGAGACGUCCAUUGAGGAGGAGGAGAAGUCCGCCAUCCGGCAAUUAGUGACGUCCGUCCUGCAGGACUGGCGGGGUGCACAGAAGCUCCUAAACGAGGAUAUUAUCCGCACCGUUCUGCGUCGUGUGCGGCCAGUGCUGAUGUCGCAACCGAUGAUGGUGAGACUUGAGGCCCCAGUUAACGUCUGUGGGGACAUCCACGGCCAGAUCAACGAUCUCGUAGAGAUAUUCCGAGCCGGGGGAAUGCCGCCCGCGUCGCGCUACCUGUUUCUUGGCGACUAUGUGGAUCGUGGCAAGUACGGCACAGAGGUGAUCAGCGUGUUACUCGGUCUGAAGGUUCUCCACCC